CCCAAGGGUUGAAACUCUAUAGUAGAAGACAAAACCCAUUUCUCUUUCUAAAACAUUAAUUAAUUCAUACACAGAUGUAGAAAGAGAAGGAAGAAUGGGGAGUUGGGAAGUCUUGAAGACGACGCCUUAAAGCAUACCUAUAAUAUAAAUCCCCCAUUAACGUGUUCAGGUGUUGCCUGUUCUUGUGCGGUGUGCGCUGUUGAUUUAUAAUUCGACUACUUUUUUGUGGAUGAUAGCAUACAUUAAUACUCCCAAUCAAAGAAAAGUGCCUUGGGAGAAGGUGGAAUCUGGGGAUUGUUCAGUUCCAAACUGGGACCAGGAAAAUGGGGAACCGACUUUUACGCAUGACGAAGAAGGAUUCCGGCCGGGAGAAUGGACGGAGCAACAGCGCCGUGGGGUCCCGGAGCAAGAGGGCGGAUAGAUCCAAGCGGAGGUCGGUGAUGGAGGAAGAGUUGCUCCACAGGCAAGCUCUGUCUAUGGCAAUUCAGCAGCACCAGUUGUCUCAGAGAUUCGACGCCUCCAUGUCCCGCCGGAUUGGAUCCACCAGCUCUCGCCGCCGUAACGAUCCGUCCGAGUCUUUUCCUGCCGCCGCCAAGCAGUCCGCGGAAUUUUUGGAGAGCAUAAAAACAAAGAGGUUUGUUUUGAUACAUGGGGAAGGAUUUGGUGCCUGGUGUUGGUAUAAAACUAUUGCCUUAUUGGAGGAAACAGGAUUGGCUCCUAUCGGUUUGGACCUUACCGGAUCUGGCAUUGAUCUGACUGAUACAAACAAUGUCAAAACAUUGGAAGACUACUCAAAGCCAUUGCUCGAUUAUCUCAAAAGCUUACCAGAGGAUGAAAAGGUGAUUUUGGCUGGUCACAGUGCUGGAGGUGCUUGCAUUUCCUAUGCAUUGGAGCAUCUUUCUCACAAGAUUGAUAAAGCAGUAUUCAUUUGCGGUACAAUGGUGUCUGAUGGACAGAGACCUUUUGACGUGUUUGCUGAAGAGCUUGGGUCUGCAGAACUUUUCAUGCAAGAAUCAAAGUUUCUGAUCCAUGGCGAUGGUAAAGAGAAGCCGGCUACUGGCUUCAUGUUUGAAAAGGAGCAGAUGCAUGGGUUAUAUUUCAAUCAAUCUCCAGCAAAGGAUAUUGCUUUGGCAAGGGUUUCAAUGAGACCAAUCCCUCUUGGUCCAAUGAUGGAGAAGCUGUCUUUGACUCCCCAAAACUACGGAAGUGGCCGGAGAUUCUACGUCCAAACAUUGGACGAUCACGCCCUUUCACCGGAUGUCCAAGAAAAGCUGGUGAGGGAAAAUCCUCCAGAAGGAGUGUUCAAGAUCAAAGGGAGUGACCACUGCCCUUUCUUCUCGAAGCCGCAAUCGCUGCAUAAAAUUUUACUUGAAAUUGCUCAGAUUCAGUAAAAUAUCAGAUAUAUCCUCAGCAAAAUGCAUUCUUGAAAUUGUUUAGCUCAGCAUGAUUUGGUAUCUUCAAAGAACAAACAAAACUCUUUUGCUCAUAGUAAAAAUGGCGUUAUGUACGUGAAUACUUUUUUUUCUUCUUCUCAAUGUGCCAUAAAGAAAAAAAAACAAAUGAGCAUGUUCUUGUGAGUUGUGAUCUUGUACAAUUACACAAAUUACCGUAUAUUAAAAAAAUGUGAAAAAGUAAAAUGUUUCAUACCAU